AUGCGGUUGACAAGUCGAGUCAACGCGUUGCUCAUCAUCAUGUUGAGAGGGAGCAAGAUGCUCGCGUUCAUAUCUCUUUUUCUCGUCGCCAGCUGCUCCACUCGCGCAGCUGUCGGUCAGAACGUCUCUGUCGCCACAAUACAUUCUCGGUCACCCAGUGAUGCCGAUUUGCUGACGUUCCAAGGCCGCCCCACCAGUCGCGCUCUGGCGGGCGGUGACGCAUCGGCGGAAGGCGUUGGCGGAGCAGCACCGCGGCAGGCGCAGGUAGCGGGACGCGCGGGACCAGCAUCCGCGGAGGUGGUGGGGAGUGCGGAGACUGAGGAAGGAGGGCCGGUGGCGUUUGGGGGCCGUCGGAUUUCGUCGCUGACAGGCAUCGCAACAGCAGGGAGUCAGAUGAAGGGGCGGAGUCCCGCGGAUGGGCUAACCCCGCGGGGCGUGCGCGGAACUACAGGGGCAGAGAAAGGCGCGCAAACGCGGAGGCGGGGGCGGAGGCUGGUGCUUCAGUAUCAAGCAGUGCGCCGUUCGGUCCAAGACUAUGCUCGGGUCCUCCCGUUACUACAACCAAUCGGUACAAUCACUCUCCUUCAGACCCCUCUGGUACCAUCUCUCGCGUCACCCGUUCGCUCCCUCCCCCUCCGGAUUUCCUCCUCUCUCUUCCCAUUCCCUCCCUCUCUCUCUCCCCCCAUUCCGUCCCUCUCUCCAUCCCCAUUCCCUCUCUCUCCCUCUCCCCAUUCCCUCCCUCCCUCCCUCCCCAUUCCCUUUCCCUCCCUCUCCCCAUUCCCCCCCUCCCUCCAGCCCCCCAUUCCCUCCCUCUCCCUCUCCCCAUUUCCUCCUCGUCUCCCUCCCCAUUUCUCCCCUUCUUUCUCUCCUCAUUCGCUCCAUCUCUCCCUUCCCAUCACCUCUCUCUCUUCCUCCCUCCCUCCCCAUACCCUCCCUCUCUCCCUCCCAUUCCCUCCAGCUCUCCCUCCCCAUCUCUCUCCCUCCCCAUUCCUCCAGCUCUCCCUCCCCAUCUCCUCUCUCCCUCCCCAUCUCCUCUCUCCCUCCCCAUUCCUCCAGCUCUCCCUCCCCAUCUCCUCUCUCCCUACCCAUCUCUUCUCUCCCUCCCCAUUCCUCCCGCUCUCCCUUCCCAUCUCCUCUCUCCCUACCCAUCUCAUCUCUUCCUCCCCAUUCCCUCCCGCUCUCCCUACCCAUUUCAUCUCUCCCUCCCCAUUCCUCCCGCUCUCCCUCCCCAUUUCCCCUCAUGUCCCAGUCAACCCAGGUUUCCACAACUGGAACUUUGUCAUUUUCAAAUACUGCGAUGGUGCUGCUUUCGCUGGUAGCCGCGGCGCCGUGCAAUCGCGUAACGCCAACAGCAACAAGCCACCAGUCUACAUGGAAGGGCGGUGGAACCUUAUAGGGAUAGUGGAGGAGCUUUUAGCGAAGCAAAGGCUGGGACAGGCUACAGACGUGCUGCUGACCGGCUGUAGCGCGGGGGGGCAAGGGGUCAGCAUGGUGUGUGAUGGUGUUGCCAAAUGGAUGGCUCAGUACGGAGCCAAAACCCGGUGUCUCAUGGACGCUGGAUUCUUCAUGGACAUCCCCACCGUACGUGGCGCGUACGCGUUUCGCCGUCGGAUGAGCCAGCUGGCGUCGACGGCAAAUCUCGCGCAAUCCAGCUACGACGUGGGCUGCGCUGCUGCUUUCAGAGGAACAAAGCAGUCAUGGAAGUGUACCUUCCCCGAGUACAACCUGCAUUUUUGGCCUGGUAAGAACCUGCCUUGGGCUAUUAGCGAGUGGUACUAUGGUGCAGCUGUUGCUGCGCGCCUGCACAGGCGUAGAUAG